AUGGCCGGCCAGCGAGGCCGCGUUGGAUUACACCGUGCUCAAAAGUGUCUGGGUGUGCAGGCGGGUGUGCCGGACUUUGCGCCGGUGCCAGGUUUCGACGGUGCGCACCAGGGCGCUCGUGUGCUCAAGUACAGCCCGAACGGCGUGCGGCUCGCCAUGGCCAUGGACGGCACGGUGCGCAUAUAUGAUGUGCAGGAGCACAGCGUGGUGCUUAAGCAUGAGCUGCCGUUGCCGAAGGCCGUGGAGCUGGCUUUUUCGCCCCGCGGCACAUACCUGAUGACGUGGGAGCGCCCGGUCAAGACCGAGAGUGGCGCGUGGACCAAGAACUUGUCUGUGUGGGACGCGGCUACCGGUGCGCAGCUCGUGCAGUUUGAGCGUCGCCAGAUUGAGGGCUGGGAACUGCAGUUCACUGACCGCGAGGACUACUGCGUGCGCCAGGGCAACAACGAGCUGCAGGUGUGGGCCCCCCAGCACUUUGCCAACGGCUCGGUCGCUCGUCUGCCUGUCGAGCACAUGCAGAGCUUCAACCUGGGCCCCGGUGCGCAGCCUGCUAUGGCCGUGUUCACUCCCGAGAAGAACGGCGCGCCCGCGUUCGUGCGUGUGUAUGCCCUGGCAUCGGUCCUGCAGGGCGGCGCGACACCCGCUGCGCAAAAGUCGUUCUUCAAAGCGGAUAAGGUAACGAUCAAGUGGAACGCGGCUGGCUCGUCGCUGCUGGUCAUGACGUCGACGGACCACGACCAGACAGGCAAGUCGUACUACGGCGAGACGAACCUGUACAUGCUCUCUGCGCGCGGCGACUUUGACUGCCGCGUCAGCCUCGACAAGGAGGGCCCUAUCCACGACUUUGCGUGGAAUCCCAACAGCCGUGAGUUUAUUGUGCUGUACGGCUACAUGCCCGCUAAGGCUGUCGUCUUCUCGUAUCGGGUGAACAUGAUCUGCGAGCUCGGCACGCAGCCGCGCAAUCUGAUUGCGUACAACCCUCAGGGCCGCCUGUUCUGCUUGGCUGGCUUUGGCAACCUUGCUGGCACGGUGGACGUGUGGGACCGCGAGCGCCUCGCGGACGGCAAGCUGUGCACCUUCGAUGCGAGCAACAGCAGUGUGCUCGAGUGGAGCCCGGACGGGCAGUUCCUGCUCACCGGCACGCUCUCGCCGCGUCUGCGCGUAGAGAAUGGUGUGAAGAUCUGGCACUGCUCGGGCCAGCUCGUGCAUGUGGACAUGGUCGACGAGAUGUACGCAGCCGGCUGGCGCCCACAGCGCUUCGCGGCGGUGCCCGAGUUCCCCAAGUCCCUCCCCGCGGCGCCAGCACCGAGUGCCGCUGCCGCGGCCAUCCUCGCGAAGAAGCAGGCGGCCUCGAAGCCCGUUGGUGCGUACCGCCCGCCGAGUGCGCGCCAGUCGGGUGCGUCCACGAGCGACUACUUGCGGCGUGACCUGAGCGACGCGCCAUCGGCGCCGUAUGUGCCGCCAGGUGCGGCGGGGCGCAAGAGCCGCAAGGUGCCGGGUGCGCCGGACAGGGCGGCGCCGAAGCCCACGAUGGGCGCCGCAGACAUUGGCGCGAACCACGGCGAGGCGGGCGCUGUGGAGAAAAAGCUGCGGAACCUUACGAAAAAGCUCAAAGCCAUUGAGCAGCUCAAGGAGCGCCGCGACCGUGGAGAGACGCUGGAGCAGACACAGCUGCAGAAGAUUGACACGGAGGCGGAUAUCCGACGGGAGCUCGCGACGCUGCAAUAG